UUAGCGACAACAUCGGACUCUUUGCUGUUUCCUUUUUCUCUGCGGCGGUGCAAAGACUUCCUGUUCCAGCGCGGUUUCAUGUUCACUUUGGUUAAAGUUUUGAAACUUCGGCAAGUACAGUAUUUAACUCGGUUUGAUUCCGAAAUUAAGACUCUCGUGAAGACUUUUUGCUCUGGGAAACUUGGGCUUUACGCUGUCUGAAAGCAAAGUUACCGGAAAUGAGCUUCUUCUUGAGCGAUGUGAUGGGACUCCAACCAGACAUAGGGCAUCAGGAUGGAUCAGGCAGGUCCGAGGAGCAGAAGAGUGGCAAUCGGUCUUCAAAGACAUUCAAACCAAAGAAAAACAUUCCAGAGGGUUCUCAUCAGUAUGAGCUGUUGAAACAUGCUGAAGCAACACUGGGAAGUGGUAACCUUCGAGCUGCUGUUAUGUUACCAGAAGGAGAAGACCUUAAUGAAUGGAUUGCUGUUAAUACUGUUGACUUCUUCAACCAGAUCAACAUGCUGUAUGGCACCAUCACUGAAUUCUGCACUGAGACCAACUGUCCUGUCAUGUCUGCAGGGCCCAAGUAUGAAUAUCACUGGGCUGAUGGUACCAAUAUAAAGAAACCAAUCAAAUGCUCCGCUCCAAAAUACAUUGACUACUUGAUGACUUGGGUCCAAGAUCAGCUGGAUGAUGAAACCCUAUUUCCUUCCAAAAUUGGUGUGCCUUUCCCAAAAAACUUCAUGUCGGUGGCUAAAACUAUUCUGAAGCGUUUGUUCAGAGUUUAUGCUCAUAUUUACCACCAGCACUUUGACUCUGUCAUGCAGCUACAGGAGGAGGCCCAUCUCAACACUUCCUUCAAGCAUUUCAUCUUCUUUGUGCAGGAAUUCAACCUGAUUGACCGCAGAGAGCUGGUUCCUCUGCAGGAACUUAUCGAGAAACUAGGCACCAAGGACAGAUAAAAACAUGUAUUUCUCUUUGUUCAGGGAAUGUUAAAGCCACAGUCAGUACAUUUUAGGAACAGAGAUAUAUUUUUAUAAUGUGCUGACUGUAGAUUAACAGUGUUGUACACAUGACAUUUUAGAAUGAUCUUUUUUGUUUUGAUUUUAUCAGUCUUUUUUAAUUCAGUCUUUUUGAACUAUACAAAUGUUGGACAAAUUAUAUGGGAGAAAGAACUCAGAUAGAAACUGCAGGCAGAUUUUUUUUAUUAAACUUUUCUUAUUGUUUUAUAUUUGAGCAUUUGAUCUUUUUAUAUAAUCGAGAAAAACCAAUACAACACCCUUUUCAGUUUUGUAUUUAAGGUGAUUGGAGUGAAAGGCUAUUGGUUUCUGUGACUAGCACAUCUGUACAUUCUUGCUAGGGUCUAACAUUAAUUUCAUGCUAAAAAAGUGUUUAUGGACAUACUGUAGGUCAGUAUUUUUGCUUUGUAAUUUAGAAUGUAACAGUAAUGAUACUGUCUACAAUCUGGUGAUUUUACUAAUUUAAAAAAUGCUAAUGUUUGAGUUCUUUCCUUGGAAAAUUAUAUUUCCUCUAAGGAAAAAUGAAUGAACAAUUGAUUAUCUACAGUGGUGCUUGAAAGUUUGUGAACCCUUUAGAGUUUUCUAU